UUCAGCUAGUGUAGCUGCAACAAGAAUUGCUGUUUUAAACUCAGAGCUAGAAUAUUCUUGGAUUUUAUUCAUUUAUGCAAAUUACAGAAAGUAACAUUGAAACAAGGUUGGUAGUGUGUGUUUGUGCUGCAGCUGAGUUAAGCUUGACCCUCGUUGGAAAUCAAGUGCUUUGUAAGUAAAUGCAUUCUGACUACAUUCAAUCAAAGAAACGGCAAUUCAAGGAUUGGCUGACUUAUUUUAGGAGGUGCUUUUUAUUAUAUGCUAAUUAGUAUCUUGUUGAAGUUUGGGACAAAGGCUGCGGUUUUCAUGGGAUCUUACUUUUGUGAUGUGUUUGAACUGGAUCUCAACUCUGUGCAGCUGCCUCUAGCCUUUCUGCAAAAGGAGCUUUAUGGUUCUUACUUGCGAACAUGUGUGCAAAUGAGAACAAAUGGCACAACGGUUAAGAUUGCAUUUUGCAGCCCAAAGGAGCAACACUGAUCCAUUAUCAGAAAUCUCUGGAGAUGGUUUGGAUGGUAACGUUCUUGUGUAUUUCCAAAGACCUUCACGGAAUUCUGCACCUGAUAUUAUACAAAUUAAGGUGAUUCCCAGGCAAGCUGUCUUUCCAACGGUAAUGCAGAAAAUAAUUAAUCAACAGCAGCAUUCAACUGUUUCUUCAUUGCAAAAGAACAACAAAAAGAGCACCUCACUGCAGAUUUCCCUGCAGUCUAGAAGGUAUAGUGACUGUUUUCAAUCUGAUACAGUAGUUGCUAGUGAAGACACUUUCAUCAGUGUUGGUAAUGAAGGAAAUGCUUGUAACAGGAAUAUGGCUGAUUACAGAUCUAAUAUGCUAAACAGUAGCAGCCAUUUGAGCAAUACUACCAUGUGCACUGGCAAUCUUGACAGUGUUGCAGCGAAUAACAGUGGAUCCCUCAGUAGCACUGGCAGUGACUAUGAAUCGUGUACAGGUAUCGCUAGUGAUGGAGGCUCAUACAGCAACAGUAUAAUCAGUGACUGUAGUAGUUGCACUCUUUCCACUGGUGAUGAUAUCUGUAGCAGUAUUGUAUAUAGUACUUCUUCAUAUAGAAGCACAGCAAACAAAUGUAAUUCCUAUAGGAACAAUAUAUAUGAGGAAGAUUUAUGUAGAAGUAAAAAUACUACUUUUGAUCAAGAUGGUUUGGAACAAGUGAAAUUGCCAAUGAGGAGGAAAACUAAAAUUCCACUACGACGUUUUUCAUCUUUGGUCAUCUUUCCUAGGAGUCCUUCCACUACCCCACCAACUUCUCCAACAUACUUGGGUCCUCUACCAAGCAGGGGAUCUUAUCAAACAUCACAUCAGUUCGUUAUUUCUUCUACUGAACUGGCACAUAAUGAAGAUCAAAGAACUUCUUCUAAAGGGUUCCUUUCAACAGCAGUCAAUGGACUUCGACUAUCUAAAACCAUUUGCUCUCCUGGUGAAACUAGAGACAUUAGACCAUUUUACUUGAAUAAUGCAUUACAGGACAAAAAUCAGGCUGCAAGUAGCGCUGAGCAGACAACUUGUAAAAAAAUAUCCAACAGCUUCCCUUGUAUUUCAGUUCAUUUCACUCAGCAAAGAGAAUCUGCAUCAAGGGAUGAAAUGGUUAAUGGUUGCUACAGUCCAGAGUUAUCAAAAAAGGAAUUAAAUUUGCACUCUGAUGCAAAGUACCCUAAUUUAAAACUGAUACUUAGCACAUCUGCAUGUUUACCCUCAAAAAAACAUUCUGAGUAUCAGAUUCUUAUAAACGAAUUAGAAAGACCAAAUACACAAAUGAGGACAACCCACCAUAUUCUGCAAAGAAGUGUUUCAUUAGAAGGAUCUUGUCAAAAAGUUUCUUGCUGUUUAUCCAGUCUUAAAUACAAGUGUCCUAAGGCAGAGACAUCCCAGUUGCACAUACAGUUCACACCUGGAAAUGAAGGAAAAACUCGUGGCUUUCCAAAAAAUGCUAGUAUCUGCAAAAGGGAAUCAAAUAGUACUUUGUGGAGGCCCCACAAGACAAGAGAUGACUUCCUAGGUCAAGUGGAUGUUCCUCUUCAUCAAUUACCGACAGAAAAUCCAAAUAUGGAGAGACCAUACACCUUUAAAGAUUUUGUUCUUCAUCCAAGAAGUCACAAGUCAAGAGUUAAAGGUCACCUAAGAUUAAAAAUGACAUAUUUACCUAAAAACAAUGGAUCUGAAGAAGAAAACACAGAACAGGUGGAAGACCUGGAGCCUGGCUGGAUUAUAUUGGACCAACCGGAUGCUGCUUGCCAGCAGCAACAGGAAUCUCCUCCUCUACCUCCAGGCUGGGAAGAAAGACAAGAUAUCCUUGGUAGGACCUACUAUGUCAACCAUGAAUCUAGAAGAACACAAUGGAAAAGACCAACUGCUCAGGACAAUCUCGCUGAUGUUGACAAUGGUAAUAUUCAUUUGGAGGCACAGCAUGCAUUUACCCAUCGGCGACAGAUAACAGAGGAAGCAGAAAAUCUAGACAACAGAGAUUCUCCUGAGAGCUGGGAAGUUAUAACGGAAGAUGAGGCCACUAUGUACAGCAAUCAGAAUCUUCAAACACUACUGCCACAGAGCAGUUCUGAUAUGCAGUCUCACCUGGCAGAAGAAUUGAAUAUCAGACUUACUACCUCUGGGAGUCCAGCCACUGGCCAGUCAACUUCCUCCAAUAACCAUUCCAGCAGAAGAGGUAGCCUGCAAACAUACAGAGUUGAGGAACAGCCUGCACUUCCUGUGUUACUUUCUACUUCAUCUGGAUUACCUCCAGGCUGGGAAGAAAGGCAAGAUGAAAAAGGAAGGUCAUAUUAUAUAGAUCACAAUUCCAGAACGACUACCUGGGUAAAACCUGUUGUGCAGACUACAAUAGAAACAAGUCAACUAUCAACUGUCCAAAGUACUCCAACAGGACGUCAACCACAAACAUCAAGUGAUUCAUCAGAACAGUCUUCUAAUCAACAACCUGAAGUAGAGCAAGGAUUUCUCCCUAAAGGCUGGGAAGUCCGACAUGCACCAAAUGGGAGACCAUUCUUUAUUGACCACAAUACCAAAACUACUACAUGGGAAGAUCCAAGAUUGAAAAUUCCAGCUCAUCUGAGGAAAAAGACAUCUCUAGAUCCUGUAGAUUUAGGCCCCUUGCCACCAGGAUGGGAAGAGAGAACUCACACAGAUGGAAGAAUAUUCUACAUAAACCACAAUACAAAAAAAACGCAAUGGGAAGAUCCUCGAUUGCAGAAUGUAGCAAUAACCGGACCAGCUGUGCCUUAUUCCAGGGAUUAUAAACGAAAGUAUGAAUUCUUCAGAAAGAAGUUGAAGAAGCAGAGUGAUAUUCCGAACAGAUUUGAAAUGAAACUUCACCGUACAACAAUCCUUGAAGAUUCUUACAGAAGAAUUAUAGCUGUAAAGAGAGCAGAUUUCCUUAAAGCAAGACUCUGGAUUGAGUUUGAUGGUGAAAAAGGCUUAGAUUAUGGAGGAGUGGCCAGAGAAUGGUUCUUCCUUCUCUCUAAAGAAAUGUUUAAUCCCUAUUAUGGAUUGUUUGAAUAUUCUGCCACGGAUAACUACACUCUGCAGAUCAAUCCAAACUCUGGAUUGUGCAAUGAAGAUCAUCUCUCGUACUUCAAGUUUAUAGGACGUGUAGCUGGAAUGGCUGUUUACCAUGGCAAGCUGCUGGAUGGCUUUUUUAUUCGACCUUUUUACAAGAUGAUGCUUCAAAAACCAAUAACGCUUCAUGAUAUGGAAUCUGUGGAUAGUGAAUAUUACAAUUCUCUGAGAUGGAUUCUUGAAAAUGAUCCAGCAGAAUUGGAUCUUAGGUUUAUUGUUGAUGAAGAACUCUUUGGACAGACCCAUCAACAUGAGCUAAAAAGUGGUGGAUCAGAAAUAGUUGUCACCAACAAGAACAAGCGGGACUACAUUCAUCUUGUAAUUCAGUGGAGAUUUGUGAGCAGAGUCCAGAAGCAGAUGGCUGCUUUUAAAGAGGGGUUUUUUGAACUAAUAUCUCAAGAUCUAAUCAAAAUUUUUGAUGAAAAUGAACUAGAGUUACUAAUGUGUGGACUGGGAGAUGUGGAUGUGGCUGACUGGAAGCUAUAUACAAAAUACAAAAAUGGCUACAGCAUAAAUCACCAAGUUAUACAGUGGUUUUGGAAGGCAGUGUUAAUGAUGGAUUCUGAGAAGCGAAUAAGAUUACUUCAGUUUGUCACUGGCACAUCCCGUGUACCUAUGAAUGGAUUUGCUGAGUUGUAUGGUUCAAAUGGACCACAGUUGUUUACGGUUGAACAGUGGGGCACCCCUGAAAAACUGCCAAGAGCUCAUACCUGCUUUAACCGCUUGGAUUUGCCUCCAUAUGAGUCAUUUGAAGAUUUAUGGGACAAACUUCUCAUAGCAAUUGAAAAUACUCAGGGUUUUGAUGGGGUUGAUUAGGCCACAGAAUUUAACAUGCGAUGUUGUUCCAGUGCUGCGAUUUCUUUUCAAGGGUUUACAAACAAUUUAAUAUUUCCAGGGAACCUACUGUUCAUUCAGUUGUUUGACUAUUGAACUUUCAUAGUGUAAUUUGUAAAACAAAUAAGUGUUAAAUUCACCAACGCUCUUAAAAACAUUUUGCCAUUUUCAGUAAUACGUAUUUUAUUAGUGCCCACAAAAUGUAUAGUGGGUAGCUUAACCCCACCAAUGCCUCAAAGAGUAAAAUGUCUUUCAACAAUUACCUCUUCUACAGUAUUUGCCAGAUUAUCUUACAUUAAACUACUGAAAGUAAAACUGUGAAACAAUGUUUGCAAGUGUACAUUUGAAACAUUGCUGCUCUUCUGAAGAGUAACUGAAAUGAUUAAACGGUUUGAGGAAAUUCAGUAUAAUGCAAUAUCCUAUUCUGUGCUGCUUCAGGCUGUUUACGACAGAUCUGCCCAAAGCACCUUAUUGUUUAGUAUAUUGGCUAAAACAUUGGAAAGCAUUUGCAUUUCUUACUCACGUCAGCUUGCAGAAUAUUAACUGACUAUAUAAGGUUUUUUUAAGAAUUCUGUUUCGACUUGCUUUUGUUAAAAUGCAGUUUGACAAAACCAGGAACUUUUAUAAGACACGCUUGAGUAGCAUAUUUCUGAAUUGUAAUAAGAAAUUAUAUUCUUUUUGUCUGAAUUCAUAUGCUAUCAUUGAUUUCAUGAGUUUUCAUCACGUUUUUGAUAAAUGUUAACAAUGGAUAAUAUUUCAGUUCAGUCUUUUGCAACAAAAUAAAUCUUAAAACAGAAUUUGUCUGAAUACCACAGAGUAUUAACUAAAACUGACAGUUAAAUGCCUUUGUUAUCCAUUCUUGCAGUCUUGCACAACAAAA